GAAGAAUGAGAUAGAAAUGGAGGAUCGUCGACUGAGAAAAAGGCAGAAUGACUCUCUCUCAGAAGCUACGAGUGCUUUAUCGAAUUCUGGAGGAAAAGUGAUGAAGCCUGAAAUUGAGAGGAAAGACGAUAACAAAGAUGGAAUAGGACAAGAUUUGGACCAAUCUUUGCAUAAUAUCCAGUCAUGUGCUCAGAAUGACCUUGAGUCCAUGCAGGAUCCUGAGGAAAUCCUGAAUUUAUUGAAACCAUGGAUUGAGAAUAGCUCAGGUAUGAGUAUUUUCACCUUGCAAACAAAUUUGUACCAAAGAAAUGUAACACAUACAGUUGUCAUGAAUGCUUCCAGUGCACUGGACUUCCUCAGAGAGAGAAAAAGUAGAAGCCGCUCGAACUCAAGAUCACAGUUGCACAGAAAGAGGGCCCCCAACUAUGUACAAGAAGAAAUUGACGUAGAAAAGAAGGCUGCUGAACUUUUUAACAUGACGGAACCUAUACACAAAAAACAUUUGGAGUUGACUGAAUCCACAAACGUUGAGAUGAAAUUUUUUUCAACAAGAAAGGCGCUACAGCGCAUUAAGGAGAUUGUCGCUCGAUCUGUUUCUGCAUUUGGAAAUACUGAUGGCGGAUAUUUGUUCGUUGGUUUAAAUGCCCAGGAAAUAGAAAGAAGUGGUCCUGAAGGAAAGCAGCGUUAUUUCUCGAAGAUAGAAAGUGAAAUCGAAAAGCAUAUUAGCAGGCUGCCCGUCUAUCAUUUCUGUAAGGAGAAAGCGAAGAUUAAUUACUCAUGCAAAUUCCUAGAAGUCCAUGACGAAGGAGGUCUGCAUAGUUAUUUCUGUGCACUCCAUGUGGAGAGAUUCUGCUGUGCCGUGUCUGCCAACGAGCCUGUCCUGCUUGUGAAAAAGAAACCUGUUUUAUAUUUGACCUUGGAGGAGUGUAUCAAGUACAUCAUGGAUGCCAAGCAAGGUGGAGGAAGGGGGAUUAGCAAUGAGCAUACAUUUGGUAAGGAUGGUUGGGUUUUUCCAGCUUAUCUAAAGAAGCGUCUCUUCCGCCAGGUGGAUGAAGCUCAGAAUUUCCACACUGAAAAUGGGGACUUAUAUGGGAAGGCAAAAGCCAUCACUCAGAGGGAAAAGGGCCCAGAAAUUCUCUGGAACUUUCUGAACCAUUUUCAGACCAGCCACUUGGAUGUUAGUGGUCUCCCUCCUCUUUCAUCCCAGUAGCCAAGAGCUCACCAGAGUGAUGCCCAAUGCAGAUGAAGUCGCCCAAUGCAGAUGAAGUCGCCCAAUACCUACCAGAAGUGAUGAAGGUCAUUAGAAGAAAACCACCUUGCACCAUCCCCCAUGGGUCCUUGGAGGGGCUUAUGAAAGCUGAACAACUUCGGGGUUCUAAGGAACUAUGCAAAUUGAGAGAGAGAUGAGAAAUGUGAGCCACUGCAUCUGCAUUUUUUCCUGAAUUCUUGAAAUUUGUCUUUGCUGUAUUGAUUCGGGACAUGGAAGAUUCCCGAGAUAAUUCAGUCUCUGAAUUAAUUAUCUCAAGCAUUUGGCAGAACAAAGAGCACUGGUCUGGAUAUGUAAGGUACUUCAUUUGCCCUUUUUCAGAGAAAUUUUAGACAAAGAGAAAGCACACAUACACCUCUUUUUUUUUUUUUCUGGAUUUCAACAGAAGAUUGUAUUAUGGAACAGAAUCAGAUUCUAUAGGUGUGUAUAAGCUCCUAAGGAACAGGAAUAGGAAAGAAAGUCUUUUAAAAUCUACAGGUCUUCUGGGGAUGUCACUUCGUGGUAGAUUCUUGCCAAGCAAGCCUCCGGUCCUGGGUUAGACUCACGUGGAUACAUCCCAACAUCAAUAGGUUGAAAUGACGAACUCUCAUCUCAGUUCUACUUACUAGUGCAUAAUACAGCUACUGAAGUAUUAAUUCCAUGGUUUUUUUUUUUUACCAUUUUUGUUAAGAAUUUUCCAUUUGUUAUUUUUAGUUGUAUAGGACAGUAGAGUGUAUUUUGACAUAUUAUACAUAAGUAGGGAGGGAAGAAUAAAAGUAUUGAGUCAGUGAUUGUCCUCCUUCUCUUUCAU